AAGAUGAGGGAUAAAAGAGAAAGUUAUAAGGUCUUCCGGUUCCGGUUUUGAGUUAAUCUAAAAUCUAAAUUAUUAUAUCUGAAAUAUUUUUGGAAAAUUAAAUUGUACUUUCAGCCAAAAAACUUUAAAGUUAAGAUUUAGUAUUCAAAUCUCCUAAAAGAUGGUUAAUUACAGAUCUUACAAAACUCACUUUGGCGUUAAAGCUAUAUUUGGGUAUGGUUUUCAGCUUCCAAUCUAUAUCUUCUUACCAUCGCAGAAAAAAUUGGGGACCAGACAAAAAUAUGGCGUCGAAUUUCAAUCAAAUUGCUUCCGGUAACAAUUUUCCUGCCGGCGGUGAGAUUAAAUCGGAAAAUAAAACGGACGUAUCGGAUAAACAAACACUUCUUGCAGUUCUACAAUUCUUGAAGAAGAAUAAUCUUAAAGGCACAGAAGAGUUGUUGAAGAAGGAGACUGGUUUAGACGAUGCAGAUGUUAAACCGGAUACGACUGGUCAAUCAGCAUCGGAGGUUUCACAUGCCUUAGCUGCAUAUAAAAGCGAUGAUGACCCCAGUUUAUAUGAUGAUCAUUACACAAACUUCAAAGUUUUCAUAGAGUCAUGUCUCGAUGUACAUAAGGUAGAGCUAGCCACUAUCUUGUACCCUGUAUUUGUACACAUGUAUUUAGAGCUGGUAUACAAUGGACAUGAGCAGCAUGCUGUGAAAUUUUUUGCGAAGUUUUCAUUGGAUCAAGAGGAGUAUUAUGUCGAAGAUUUGAACAAGUUAUCCACAGUUACAAAAGCCGAGCAUAUGAAAGGGAGUCAACUCAUGGAGAAUUUUAAGUCAAGUAAAUUUGUGCUGAAAAUGUCUCGUGACUCUUACACACAUUUGAAGAGAUAUCUGCAAGAAAAGCAACUCAACUUGUUACUCAACAUUAUUCAAGAACACUUGUUUAUUGAUG